CAACUUCCCCUAUCUGCUUCAGAAAACUGCUUCACACACAUUCUCAAAGCUUCAGUCUUUACGCAUUAUUACGUCUUUUAUCACUGUAAGGAGGAAGUUAUGGAAGGAGUGAUGGUUAAGGAGGAAACGGUGACAUGUGCUUUGGGAUCAUCGUCGUCGUCUUCGUCUUCCAGCUUCUCGCCUCAGCCAAUGGAGGGGCUGCACGAUGUGGGUCCGCCUCCGUUUCUGACCAAGACCUUUGAAAUGGUGGAGGACCCUUCGACGGACUCGAUUGUAUCGUGGAGCAGAGGUCGCAACAGCUUCGUCGUUUGGGACUCCGGCAAGUUCUCCACCACCCUUCUUCCUCGGUACUUUAAGCACAGUAACUUCUCCAGCUUCAUUCGCCAACUCAAUACAUAUGGUUUCAGAAAGGUUGAUCCUGAUCGAUGGGAAUUCGCAAAUGAAGGGUUUCUAGGAGGGCAGAGGCAUUUAUUGAAGACCAUCAAGCGGAGAAGACAUGUCGGCCAAGGUCUACAACAAGAAGGAGGAGGGGGAGGAGGAGCUUGUGUCGAAUUGGGAGAAUAUGGCUUGGAAGGCGAUCUUGAAAGAUUAAGGAGAGAUAGAAGCUGGUUAAUGGCGGAGAUUCUGAAGUUGAGACAGGAGCAACAGAAUUCGAGGGAUGAAAUCAUUUCCAUGGAGGAUAGGUUGCAAGCCACUGAGAGGAAACAACAACAGAUGAUGACUUUUCUUGCUAAAGCACUCAGUAACCCGACCUUUAUCCAGCAAUUUGCUCAGAGAAGAGAAUUGGGAGGUGUUGAAAUAGGACGAAAGCGGAGGCUGACUGCACGCCCCAGUGCGGAGGAUUUGCAAGAAGAAGUGUUUUCUGUGACGGCAGGCAGUGGUCUGGAUGUGGACCACACAAGCCAAGAACAUGAAGAAUUGUCAACAAUGGAGUCAGAAAUAGAGACGUUUCUCUUAUCUUCCUGGGACAAUGAAUCGAGCAGUGAUAUCAAGGACCCAAUUGCAAGUUCGAUACCCGCAAGAAGUGGCGGCAAUUUGGAUUUUGUUAACGAGACAAUAUGGGAGGAGCUACUGAAUGGCGAUAUGAUUGCUGGAAAUGCAGAGGAAGAAGCUGUGGUGGAUUAUCAAUCAGAAAUCGAUGCAGAAAUAUUAGAGGAUUUGGUUGCACAACCAGCCAACUGGGGUGAGGAUUUGCAAGAUCUUGUAGAUCAAAUGGGUGAUCUCAGGCGGACUGGCCAUUGGAAAUUUCCAAGGAGGGGUUUCCUUCACUGAUUCUCAUCUCGAAGAUUUAGUUACAGUCUGCAGCUUAUAUAUGAAUGAUUUGAUCCAUUACUCCAAACUUUAGUAGUUUACAGUUCUGAUUCGUUUGAUAUCUAUGCGUGGCAGACCAAAGAUUUCACAUUGCAGUCAAAGCGUGCUUGCGCACCGGCACAGCAGAAUUAGAAUCCGCUGGCUCACUUCCUUGAGAAGGGAGAAUGACCUUUGAAUAAGCAAGCUAAUAACAGAGUUUCAUAGAUAACGGAGAUGUAGAUAUCAGCUGCUAUGUAUAUAAAGUACUAAGAACUUCUGGUUUAAAUUCGUAAUAUUGCUUUUAUAAUCAUUUAUCCUUGUUUUAAAUUAACUAAUUUUGGUUUCUGAGUAUGGCCUGUUGUUGCUGCAUUGAUGAUCAUUUCACUCUCUUACAGCCAUAUGUUUCAGCUCAUUGGCUACAAUAGCCGCACCUACCUCAAUUUGAGUAAGAUUUUUCUAGGUAAUGGUCAAGCUGCUGCAGGAUAUGAUAUUCUUCUUUGCAGCUACUCAGAAUGGACAAGCCAUGGAAGUUCCAAAGAGAAACAGAGAUUCAAGUUUGGGAUACCUCUUCUCUUCAACUUCUUUGCAAUGAACAGGGAAAAUGAGAAGGAUGGAGAAUAAGUAAAGCCUGGCCUAUUUAAUUGGCAAAUGACACCCCACCAUGAUAGGAUUGUUGUGAAUGAAUAUCUUCUCAAGAUAUGAGUGGUAGAUGGGGAUUUUCAUAAGUUUUUACACAAAGAAGUCCCGUUUCUGCCAUAUCAUAGGCUGCUAGUUUAAAAAAGCAAGGAGUUUCUUGAAAGUCCUAUUACUGUGCUCAGAAUGGACAUGGAGUCAACAACUUAGAAUGGGUAUCCAUGGCUUUUUCUUGGUGAUAGCAACUGUUAAAGAAGAUAAGUCCGAUGGGGAUGAUGAUAAAGCAGUGUAUUGGUCUUUUUUUUAGCCCAAUAUGAGUUGAAUAAGAUCGAAAAAAUGGAGUCUUGGGAGUUUCUUUGAUCUUAGAAAAGUAGGCAUAUAUCAAUGUUGGUAAGCACCAAGGCUUGAAAUGACCAAUUAAUCUUAAGAUGCAACUAUGGUGGUGACUGAAUGUUAUCUAGGAAAAACACUUUGUUUUUAUGCCACUCUUUGGAUUUCAUUUCUUGUUUAUUGAUAGUACCAAAAAAAAAAAAAAAA